AAAAAUUAAUCGCAUAUGUACAUGUUUUUGGAGUGUGAUAAUGUGCAUUUUUUAAAUACAUAUGAUCAUUCAUUAAAUAAAAUUAAUAGAAUAAAGAUGGCAAAAUUCAUUAAAAAUUUAAGUGGAUUUUUUACAUUAUUGGUAUGCAUUUGUGUUGUAAUUGCCGGAGGAAAUGAUGAAAAUGAAAAUACAACAAAUAUAUCAGGUGAUGAUCAAUCUUCUACUACAUCAAAUGACUGUUCAUCUAUAGAAGACAUAGAAUUUCAAAAAAUUUAUUUCGGAAAGAAUAUGGUAACCGUUUAUGAGAGUAAUGAAUUCGUUCAUGAAAAUGGUACCAUUGAAAUAUUUAUGGAUUUAGAGAAUGGAAUCUUUUUAAAUUUAAAUUAUAUUCCAAAAAUGAUUAAUGAAACAGAAACUUAUACUACUUUGGGAAAUUUGAGGCUUAAAACACCAGAUAAUUUCUCGUAUAACAUUGAAUUUGAAAUUGAAGGGGAAGAUUUUAAUCUUGUAAAUUUUGAAUCAAGUCAAAUUAUGAACCAAGGAGCAUUUGCUAGUGCGAAAAUUUUAGCAGCAUUAGCUGGUCGGCGUUAAGAGAAUCGGGUUUUCCUUAAUUUUGGCUUCAGAGUGAAUUUCAGUCAUAGAAGCGUAUCUAAUAAUCAAAUAAAUAUUUUCAAUGUAUACAAUAUGCACGAUCUACUAUAUUUAUUAAUUAAUAUAAUAUUAUAGUGUUAAAAAAACAGGAGCAAAAAUUUGUUUUAAUGGUUUCUUCAGAGAUCAACUGUAAAAUUUUAUUUAUAAUCAAUAAUAAUAGUGAAAAUAUCAAUAAAUAUGAA